GCACGGGGGUCAUAGCAUCCGCCACGCCGGAAAGGCCGCAUGGUGUUCGGGCUGUGGAGAUUUAGAGGCCCACGUGGACCGGUUUGUUAACUCGAUUCCAGCACCCUGCUGCCGGGAGAUCUGGGUUUGCGUAAGGCCAGGAGUCUGUGCUUUACAAAGUCCUUUCUAGAUUCUGGUAUUGAAUUGGCAGUUUCCAGACCACCACCAUACGUGUUAGUGCGUGUUUAACCUGUUAUCCACAGCAGCCCGUGCCCUCGCCAAACACCACAAGAACGUACCCAGACAUUUAAGAAUAAGGGCAGAUAGUUUUAACCAUGCAACUGCCUGCUUUCUGACCACAGGACGAAGUGAACACUGGAAUCAGAAUGAUUUCAUAAUCGGUUUCCUGGUCUGGAAGAAACGGAAGCAAUGGCUGCGGACACGGCUCCCUCAGAGAUCAUAGAAAGACAGCGAACGGCAUUGCUUAAAAUCCUCCAACAAGACCCUGAUUGUGUCAUAGAUGCCUUAACCUCUCGGAGGCUGAUUUCUGAUGAAGAGAGUGAGACCCUGGAGAACGUCCCAGACUCUCUGAAGAAGUGCCGGAAGCUCUUAAUUUUGGUACAGAAAAAGGGAGAGGUGACUUGUCAGUGUUUUCUUAAGUGUUUAUUUAAUAUAUUUCCAGAGUCAGCUUCCAUUGAACUUUUGCAACAUGAGAAUACACCACGUCAAUCUACAAAGCUAAGCACAAAUUCAGAAGACGCUUUUCCCCCUGAGACUCAGGAGAUCACGAUGUUCUCUGAAAAGAAAGAGCACUUGGAUCUGGAAACCACUGAGUUUUGCAGGAAUAAGGAAAGCAGUUGUAGGGAAACUGCACCAACCUCCAGGGAGAACGAGAAGGAAUGUGAUACACCAUUAGUACCAUAUUCAUUUGAAAGAGCGGGGUAUGAAGUUCCAGCAACUGUUACAUAUUUAAAGGCUGGGCAGAGAUAUGAUGAGCCAGAUGACUCCCUGUACUUAGGAGAGCCAUAUCCAGCAUCUGCUGGAUGCUCUGAAGAUGAAGCGUGCAUUGUGGAAGAGGGGGACUGUGAUGAUCUGGAGCACCUUGUAAAUGAUGGUGAGGAGGAGGAUGAUUUGGAAAACAUGCGAUAUGCCAGUGAAGAGAGCAGUUAUGAAGAUUCAGAAACAGACAUUUCAUUGGAGGAAGAAGAGAAAAGAAUGGAAGAAAGAAAAGAGGCAUUUAAACACAUUCUGUCCUGUUUGAACAUGGAUCGAAGCAGAAAGCUGCUCCCAGGCGAUGUUAAACAAUUCUCCUUGGGUCGAGGAUGUCAGUGGACACCUGAGACUCCUGGAGACUUAGCUUGGAAUUUCCUGAUGAAAGUUCAAGCACUGGAUAUGGAGGCCAGAGAUGCCAUUCUCAGGCACAGGGUUGUGGUUGAAGACAGCCCAGAGGACUUGCUGACUGGAAUGGAGAAUCUGGAAAUUAGAGACACACCAACCAUCAAUCCCCUUGAUGUCCUCUGCGCCUGCAUGCUGUGUUCAGACAGCUCGUUGCGGCGUGAAGUCAUGUCAAACAUGUAUGAAUGCCACUUUGCUCUUCCCCUGCUCCUGCCCGAUGCAGAAAACAACAGAAGCCUCUUAAUGCUGGGAGCCAUGAGUGGUGUCCUAAAGAGGCCGUCAACCCAGCCAGCAGGAGAGUCCACAGAGGACACAGAGAAGAGUCUGAGCCUCCUGAAGAUGCCUGUCAUCUCCUUUGUUCGCCUAGGACACUGUAGCUUCUCCAAGUCCAGAAUCCUGAACGCUCUGCUAAGUCCUGCCCAGAAGAAGUCAAACAAAGUCUUUCUCCACCAGGACGUGUCUCUUCCGGUGCUUCCUCGUCAGAUCUCUGAUGGUCUGGUUGAAAUAUCAUGGUACUUUCCUGACAGCCAUGAGCUAAAGGAAAGCUCUCAUUUUUUCCAAAAGCCUGUUGCUGUGGCCAAUCUUCGUGGAGAUCUAGAAAGCUUUUGGACACAGUUUGGUUUUUUGGUGGAAGUUUCCUCAGCUGUGUUUUUUUUCACUGACCACCUUGGUGAGCAGGAAUGGGACUUGCUGAUGUUUUUAGGAGAAGCUGCCUUGGAAAGAUGUUACUUUGUCCUCAGUCCCCAGGCCAAGGAGAGCGAAGAGGCUCAGAUUUUCCAAAGGAUCCUGAAACUGAAGCCAUCACAGCUGUUGUCUUGGGAAGGGGAGGAAGCUGGGGACAGAAGGAAGAGCAUGGAGGCCCUUCAAGCUGCCCUCCGGGAAGUAAUGUCCUCUUCACUAAGAUGUGUGUCUGUGGAGGACAUGGCCUCUCUGGCCAGGGAGUUGGGCAUUCAGGUAGACCAAGACUUUGAGUUGGCUCAGGGGAUACCAGUUUCCCCUAGUGAGAAUACAGAUAGGACUGCUGCAAGUGAAAAACAACAAAGGCAUAGUCAGACAGAAAGCUCACCUGAAAAGCAAGGUACGUUGUCUGUAAGGGAGAAUGGGGCAGAAGGUGAGGUCAGCCAGAAUGCUCAGAGUUCUCAUCAGAUUCCUCCUGUACAGCACCCCUUGCCUUUACCUACCAAAGUUGGAGUCAACUUUAACAAUGUCCCUUUAAAUGCCCCUUGGGUUAUGGGAACACACUUUGAGUCAGGGCCCAGGGCUAAGUGGUUCAAUCCUUUGCCCUUUCAGAAUACAAGGGCCUAUGUUAGAGGUAAACAUUUUGGGAUUCAUUACUUCAAACCCCAGAGAUCUUAUUCCGGUGAAAGAUUUAUGAAAUUUUCCGGAGCUUCUUGGGCACAUCCCCUGAGUGGAACAUUUUGGAGAGCACCUAGACCCGUGCCCCAGCAUGUAUGGACUCGUUCUGAGAGGCUGCAAACAACUAGAGCCCUUCAGCGUUCUAGGGCAGGGGUCUCCCAUGUAGGUUGCCUCCAUUCUGUGGGUUCACAACUAACAAGAGCAGUAAGGAAGCCACCGCCUGGUAAAGCCCAUGCCCAGGGAGCACAGCUAACGGAAACCACUGGAAAUGUUAUGAGAACAUCUCAUAUUAAAUACCCUCACCCUCAAUGCUUUCAGCAACCAGCAGGAGCUGUACAAAAACUGGUAAGACCUGCUUCUCAUCAAGGAACCCGUGGGAUGAUACAUGGAGGGCCUUCAAGUUCAGUUUCCCAAACAAAAUCCCAUUCCAUGUCUGGGAGCAAACUUUCGCUCACACCUCAGCCCAACUCCCAUCAGCCCAAACCUCAGGCCAAGCACUUUCAGCCUAAGCCCUCCCAGCCUGUUCUUGCUCAACCCAAACCGUCUCAGCCCAAAUCCCCUCAACCCCAGCCCUCCCAAACAAAACCUUUCCUAACCAAACCUGCUUAUUCUCAGUCCUACGCAACUAAAACCUCUUCAUCCAAGCCUGCCCAUUCCCAAUCCUCCCACGCUACACCCUCUCAGCCCAAGCGACGUCAGUCCCAAUCAAAGCCUUCUCAACCCAGACCCAUUCAACCGAAGUCAUCCCAGGCCAAACCUUCACAGGCCAAAGCCUACCAGCCAAGAGCAGGGCCAGGCAGAGCAGGAAAGCGUUGAGGAGCAUGCUUCAGAGAUACUGGGAAAUGUGUCCUUUGCCUGCGGCCAUUCCUAUCACAAAGUUACCUGAAGAGUUUCAGUAAAGACUAAAGAUGCUGGCAUUAACAAGACACAGACAAAUAUAUAUGCAAAGACAGAAUAGGCAGCAUUAAAGAAUCAGAGUUGUGUACCUAAAUGAGGAACAAUACAAAGGCAAUUAAAAGCAAGCAAGCGCCUUAACCAUGGAGCCAUUUCCUCCAGCCCUGAAAGCAAUUAAGAAUGCCGCCGGGUGUGGUGGUGCACACCUUUGAUACCAGCACUUGGGAGGCAGAGGUAGGAGGAUCACCGGGAGUUCCAGGCUGCGUAGUGAAUUCCAGGUCAGUCUGGGCUAGAGUGAAACCCCACCUCAAAAAGAAAAAAAAAAGUGAUGUUACAGUACACACAUUAGUUAACCCCACCC